AUGGCGGCCCUCCUGCUGCAGCAAGGAUGAGCCGGGUCUCUGAAGACUAUGCUCCUAGAGCGACAAGUGUUUCAAGGACUUGCUCCUGCAGUUUUUCUCUCCACAGAAUCAGGAAAAAGUGACAACGGACUGCCACCAAAUCCCAAGAAGCAGAGGUCACCAAAAAAGCCCGCACAAGCUACUGCACCUGCCCAGCAGCUUGACACCAGCACCUACAAGAACCUCCAGCAUCAUCAUGACUACACUUGGUACACCUUCCUAGACCUAAACCUGAAACUCUCGAAGUUUAGGUUGCCUCUGCCCUCUUCCGGACGACGGUCACCUCGCCACCUAGAGCUCAGCUUAAAGCUCACCACAAUCACAAUCAAAGCUACCGUCCAUCUUACUCCGAUACAACGGUACUUCUCCGAGUCAUCGAGGGAGUGCGGGACCCGCGGGCAGCCCCCAGUGUCGGCUCAGGUCUCCGGCUGUGCUGGCGGCAGCGGCGUCUCCGAGGCUCUCGCUUUGCCGCAGUAG